AUGAAUGAGGAGUAUAAGUCCAUGCAAGACAAUAAAAUAUGGAAACUUGUUCCAUUACCUAAAGGUAAGAAACUCAUUGGUUGUAAAUGGAUUUUUAAAACUAAAAGGGAUUCGAAGGGUAAUGUGGAGAGGUUUAAAGAACGUCUUGUGGCAAAGGGCUAUACUCAAAAGGAAGAUUAUCGCAAAGAAGCUACGUCAAUAAAGUACUUGAAAGAUUUGGCAUGCUUAAGAGAUGCACAAAUAGUAGGAAAUCUACAUUUGGAUAUAUCUGUUGGUCAGUGGAUUGAUUUCAUGGAAAAGUGUCAUACAGACACUUGUUGCGUCAUCCACUAUGGCGGUAGAGUUCGUUGCAUGUUAUGA